GUAAGGGCCAAGACGAGAGACUCUUGCAACCCGACGGGCGCUGAUGUCUGGCUCCUUGUGGUGCUUUCUACUUCAUCAAGAUGCGAUGCCUGUUCCAUCCCCCACGGCUGGAACAAAACAUGUGAAGUUGCGCGAUCUGGAUGUAACCAUACACAGCGCAACCCUGAAGACCAAGACCUUGACGACAAGCGAGAAGGCGCAUGACUUGGAACAUGGUGGUCUGUUUGGCUACUUGCCCAGGUACUAUUCGGUCCAAGCAGGGGAAACCGACGAUAUAGAAACUUGAAGUUGGGCGAGACUGAGGCCACCCUGUCUGCGACUUUCGGGCCGUGUGCUUCUUUUCCCUUCUUCUUUUUGGCCCCUAAUGUACCACAAGAAUCCGAU